AUGGCCGGACUUUCCAAAACACAACGGGGCCGGGUAGACCCUUUUCGGGGAUCGGCAAUGGAUCCUGGGAACCCGGUGUUUGGGACUACAAAGCGUUGCCACGGUCGGGUGCUGUGGAGAUAUACGACGCCAGAAUUGGUGCUUCUUUCAGCUACAAUACUCCAACAAAGGAAUUUUUGA